UCUGUCCAGUGUUCGAUCCUGGUGCUGAGAAGUCCUGGAGCGGCUCCCUACAUCCGGAUAUUGGAGCAGCCCAAACAACGCGGGAUGCGAUUCCGAUACAAGUGCGAGGGGCGCUCGGCUGGGAGCAUCCCCGGAGAGAAGAGCACGGAUAGCACCAGGACAUACCCCGCCAUCGAGAUCGUCAACUACGUUGGGCCGGCCAGGAUCCGAAUCUGUCUUGUCACAAAGAAGGAGCCAUAUAAACCUCACCCCCAUGACCUGGUGGGGAAGGAUUGCAAAGAUGGCUACUAUGAGGCAGACCUGCCAGAGAGAAGUGUACACAGCUUCCAGAACCUGGGCAUCCAGUGCGUGAAGAAGCGAGAGGUGGCGAUGGCCAUUCAGAGUCGGAUCAACAAGAACGUCAACCCUUUCAACAUCUCACGGGAAGAGCUGAUCAACGAGACAGAGGAGGAUUUGAACGUCGUGCGGCUCUGCUUCCAAGUCUUCCUACCCAACAAGCUCGGAGUGUGUAACGUACCUCUCCCGCCCGUGGUAUCUAACCCCAUCUAUGACAACCGAGCCCCGAACACAGCCGAGCUCAAGAUCUGUCGGGUGAAUAAGAAUUCCGGGAGCUGCCGGGGCGGAGAGGAAAUAUUCCUGCUCUGCGACAAGGUCCAGAAAGAGGACAUCGAAGUGCGGUUCUUUACCAACGAGUGGGAGGGCAGAGGCUCUUUCUCUCAGGCUGACGUUCACCGCCAAGUGGCCAUCGUUUUCAAAACGCCCCCCUACAAGGACGUGACCCUGAGUGAGCCCGUCACUGUACGCAUGCAGCUCCGACGUCCCUCCGACAAGGAGGUCAGCGACGCCAUGGAGUUCCAGUACCUCCCGGAUGACAAAGAUCCCUACGGCACCCAGGAGAAAAGGCGCAAGACACAUCUCGAGUUUAUGAACAUGCUUCACAAGUGUAACAUGCCCGGGGUACCUCCUGCCCUGAGACCCAUUGCAAUGGCCCAUCGAUCCGGGGGUGAUAGGGUGGCAAAGACCAAGCUCUAUGAGACAAGCCAGAGAGGCAGCAGUGCCCCUGACCUGCUGGGAGGGACCACGUCAGCCAACCUGGGCUACCAGUCCUUGGACCGUUUCUCAGUGGGGCCCUGCCACCCCCAGGCCCCUGUCUCCUCUUCCUCCUCCUCCUCCUCUUCCUCGUCUACCCCUGCCCCUGCACCUGCACCCCCAGCCCAGCAGCCCUACUACAUGACCCUGGGGGUAGACCCGAGGGCCGGGGACCAGUUGGCCAAUCCCUUCACCUUCGCGGGCAAGGCCCCAGACGUGACCGUGGCCGGCGCCUUCUCCACCAUCGACGUUUCCGAGCUGUUUGGCUCCGCCUUCCAGCUGGGGCAGGGAGACGGGAUAGGGGUUGGGGGUACAGUGGCGCCCCCAACAGGCCCUUGCGUGGCCAAGCCAGACCUGUACCUGAGCGAGGGCCCGAGCUCCAUGGAUCAGUUCCUGGGCGACGCCAACCUGAUGGGCCAGGAGAACGAGUGCGUCAGCCUGGGUUCCAUCGACAACAUGGAUUUCCAGGAGCUCCUGAGGCAGGAGGCCGUGACCCCUCAGCACCAGCAGAACCAGCAGCACCAGGCCCCGGCUCCACCUUCGCAGCCCAAUCCCAGUAGGCCCCAGCUGCCCGAUUUCGGCCUGGAGGGCCUGACCAGCAGCUUGCAGACGACCACACUGAUGAACUACUCACCUGACCUGCUGAAGCUGAUGGCCAGCAACCAGGAGGACGGGAAAGCUGAGGCCGGUGAGACCGCCCUGAACGGGGGCGAUCUGGAACCCACUGCCUUCCUGCCUGACCCCUCGGAAGAGGACCACUUAAUGUCGAUCUUCACCCACAGCUUCGACCUGAUGAACUCCACCGAGAUUAACAAGAUCUAUGAGACGCAGUAGCGAGCCCAUUCUGAAAACCACACUCC